UCCACUUCUCCAUGAGUGUUUUCCCUGCAGUUCAUUUCUCAUCCUCCCUGCUGACGUCUGACUUCCGCAUUCCUCGCUCUUCCCGAUCAGGGAUCAGCGCUCGCGACUCGAGCUGAUGCAACGAUUCCCGCUCUUCAAGAUCUACUCGCGACCUCCAGCUGACGUCACAAAGGGACUCCACUCGCUCACCCCGAGACCGAAGUCAGCUGUGGUCAGGGGUGUUGGUGACGUGAUGCCCGGACAGAUCCCGGACCCCUCGGUGACGGCGGGCGCACUGCCCAGUCUGGGCCCUCUGGUGGGCAUCUCUGCCACCACACUCACCCAACACCUGAAGUACGCCGACCUCUACAACCUCGGGGCCAUGCUGUCGCCUCUACAUCUACUGGGAAAACUGGGCAAGCGGCCGCUCCCCAUUAAAGCUGAGAAAGAUGAAGAGGAAGACCGGAGGAAAAGAAGGCGAGAGAAAAACAAAGUGGCAGCAGCAAGAUGUCGAAACAAAAAGAAAGAGAGAACGGAGUAUCUCCAAAGGGAAUCUGAACGUCUAGAGAUGAUGAACUCGGAGCUGAAGUCACAGAUCGAGGAGCUGAAGCACGAACGACAGCAGCUCAUACUGAUGCUCAAUCGCCAUCGGCCCACAUGCAUCGUGAGGACAGACAGCAUCAAGAGCCCUGAGAAAGAGGCCGAAUGAGAAGGAUCACACAUUCCCAUGUUACUGUUUACAGGUUAGCUCUUCUGCUAACUGAAGCACUUGGCUCAAAGCACUUGGACAUUUUAAGGAAGAGAAAAUGGCGUUCGUUCUCUGACCUUCGAAGUUGGAGGGGUGCGAAUAAACAAAGCAACAAGAGAAACACACUGAUGGCCUCAGUAUCGGGCUGUGUGUUAGUUACAAAACUUUUAUGGGAUUGUUUUUCUCCUGUAAAACUUUUUUUUUUUUGUCAUAAAGUGCCUUGUUUGUUUUAGUCCAUUUAGGAAAGAAUUGCCUAAGGUUUGUUAUGAAUUCAUGAAAACACUCAUCGCACGCAUGUUGUGGCCUCGCCAUGUAAACUGGACGAUUCUUCAUGGACUAUCUCACCAUUUGCUGCCUUCAGUUGGGUUUUUUGUUUUUCUGACGCAGGCGUCAUGUAUGCACAUAUGUAUGAACUGUUUACAUCUUGCCAAUUUAUUAUAGUUAUCUACUAUAUAUAUAUAUAUGAUUUUUAUACUUCCUGUACAUGGACUUAUCACUAGACGUGAUACAUUUUAUGCAACAAACAAUUUCAUAACCUCUAUUUCUGUGACUUAUUCAAUUUGUUGUACAGCUGUGAAAACUGCAAGCAAUUAUUAAACAAGUGUUUUCCAAAUGUUA